CUCCUCCAUCACCUCGUAUCUCAUCAUCACCUCCUUUAUCACCUCGUCUCUCGCCACCACCUCCAUCACCUUAUUUCUCAUCACCACCUUCAUCACCUCGUCUCUCAGCACCUCCACCUCGUCGCCUCAUGUCUUCAGGCCGCCCCUCACGUCGCUCCGCUCCGGGUGAGAAGGAGAGAGCGGUGCGGGUGAAAGCGGGCGGCACAGGAGCGCCUUCUCCCCGAGGGAACCCGUUCCGAAUCCCGCCAGACGUGGACGUCCUGCAGCUGCGGGCUCGCGAGAGGGAACGCGCGAACCAGGAACGCGAGAACGCCCGCGGGCUUCGCGUGCAGGACAAGAGCACAUUCGCGAGCCGCGUGCGCGCAAACCAAGCCCGGAGCCGGCACGGGGGCCCCCUUCACGACGCGGGGGAGGAGGAGGAGGAGGGGGACGAUGCUGAGCAGGGGUCCAAGCUGCAAAAGGGGUCCGGAGCUUCCAGCCUCGGCAAGGACCCCGCGUGGACCCUGGCGCUCACGAGGGAUCGCCAGGUGGAGAAAGAGGGGCUCUCUGAAUUUGUCUCCCGCAAGCGAGAGAUGUUCCUUGUGCAGUACGGCCUGAGCGUGAAGCGCGAGGAGAUGCGCGCCCUGGAGCAGCAGGGAGCGCGCGAGGAGCGAGCGCUUGAGCAAGCGGAGCGCUUUCUGGAGGACGACGCGGCCAUGUUCGAUGAGUUCCUCAAGCAGAACGAUCGCAGCGCCGUGGAGGCCAUCAGGGUAGCGGAGAUGGAGAUGAAGGCGCGGAUGGAGCAGGUGGCUGAGAUUAAGAAGCUGACGGCCCAGAUCGUGUCCGCCAAGAGUGAGAUCGCACGGCAGGAGGAUCUGCUGCAGGAGUACCGAUUGUAUAAGCGCUUCCUGGAGGGGCUGGCGCCACCGGAGUGGCACCAGCGGCGGCGUGAGCGCAAGCGGGCGGCACGAGCGAUCGCAGCACCCGGGGAGGGAGCAGUGGAAACGGAGGGAACCUCCCCAUGCAAGCCAGAGAACAGCAAAGGAGACGGAGGCAGCUCUAACGCCUCCCAGGACAACUCUGACGACAGUGAGGGGGAGUUUGAGCUGCCUCUCAGCAGCCCCCAGGAGCUGCUGGACCUGUUCACGGAGCUGGAGGAGCAGAACCUCUCCCUGAUCCAGAACUCCCAGGACAUGGAGCAGUCCCUCGAAGAGGCACGCCAGAACAUCGCCAGCACGAACCAGCGGCUGAACAAAGAGACAGAGACCCUCAAUAUCCAAGUGCAGGAGCUGCGUGCCGCCAUCGCUCGCGAGGAGGAGAGGGCGUCCGACCUGGAGCUCCGGGCCAACGUGUUCUCCCUCGGCGAGCUCCGCCAGGAAGAGCAGGGUCCUCGUAUCCGUACGUGCUGCCCUCCGUCCGCGCGCCCCGCUAGCCACGCAUUGUCCUCAUCUCCGCUCGCGCCCUCCGCUUCGACCGCCGCAGGAACAAGUGCUGGAGGCACUCAGCGCCAAGGUGUGCGCCGUGUACCGGGCAUGUGUGGGCACCAGCGAGGGGAAUCUGGGAACACUGCAGAUGCUCACGAGCGUGGAGAACCGCCUCGAGGAGCUGCUGGUGGAGCUGGAGGGGAUGCCACCGGAGCGGGUGCACAGUGCCGAGCGUGCCAAGCACAAGGAGCGACGCUUGCGUAUGCGGGAGGAGAAGGCCCGGCAGCAGAAGCAGCACCAGGAGGAGCGACUGCGCCGGGCGCUGGAGCGAGCGCAGGCUGAGAUCACACAUCGGACGGGGCGCCGGCUGGUGUUCCGCUCGGAGCCUCCCGCGCGCCGCACCCAUAAGGAGCGCGGUCAGGAGAGCAGCGAGAGGGAGCAGGAGGAGGCCCGCUAUUUCUUCAGCUGAAGAUUCACGACGACACGUCAGCUCGCGUGCAGGUGCCGGGCGGACUCUCACGUCGCGCGAUCGCGAGAGGUUUGAAGGAGGCCUUCAUCCAGCAUCGGAUUGACCGUGACUGGUGAUGAAGAUGAAUCUUCUAGCCCGGUGCAGCCGUGCGACGGCCCUACACAGCGCCGCCUCUGUGCCGCAUGUGGUUGGCUGUGUGUCAUCAGCCCCAUAGUGGGGGGGGUGGGGAGUUGUAAAGGGCUGACACCCUCCCCCUGGUGAAGCAUCGGGCCGCCCUCCUGAAUUAAUAUCGUCAUCAUCAUUCCAUACCUUUGUAUUGAAGUGUCCCAAUGCGACCUAGUGUGUUCUCAUUCAGAAGUUAUUCUCUAUAUACAUGGACUCCACUUAUACGAGUUUAUGACUUAGUUUAACACGUAGGCUUUCGCGACCAAUAUCAUCCAUAAUAGAGGUUUUUUGGGUUAGAUCGUGUAAAUAUAUAAAUGUGUCGUGAAAACCCGCCACCACCCGACACAGCCAA